GCUAAAAAAUUUCAACCCCCAAAAUUCAAUCACAUGUUUCUUUAAUUUCUUCACAGUUUCUAAAAAUAUGACAACAGCAAAAGAAACUUCAAACUUAGAUCUCAUACGCCAUCAUCUCUUAGGUGAUAACAUAUCUGUUAAACUUGAAAACCCUUCACCAGAAUUUGAUUUAUAUUCAUAUAUUUCAGAAAACACAAAUUUUUUCACUUUCCUUGAAGGCUAUGAUUUAGUAGCAGAUAUGGAAUUCUUUGGUAACACUUCUCAAACUGAAACAAAACCUUCAAAGGAAAUAAAGAAAACAAACUCACCCGAACCGAAACCAAAACUGGAACCGAUUAGUACUACUAUGGUGUCUUCAAAGAAGAUUAAGAAAGAAAAAGAGUUUGUUGAUGAAACAAGAAGAUAUAGAGGUGUAAGGAGAAGACCAUGGGGGAAAUUUGCAGCAGAGAUACGUGAUCCAUCAAAGAAAGGAAGUAGAGUUUGGUUAGGUACAUUUGAUUGUGAAAUUGAUGCUGCAAAAGCUUAUGAUUCUGCUGCUUUCAGAAUGAGGGGUCAAAAAGCUAUUUUGAAUUUUCCUUUGGAGGCUGGUGAGUGUGAUCCUAAGCCUAAUAGUUGUGGUAGAAAAAGGAGAAGAGAAAGUGAUCAAGUUGAAGCUUCAAGAAGUUCAACUUCAAGUUCAUGAUGGUGAUUCAUGGAUUGUUUGAAGAGCACUCAUAAUCAAUUAAAUGUUAAAAUAAUAUUAGCAAUAAUUUUUAUAGAUUAUUAGAUUAAUGUAUUUUGUAAACAUUUAAUUGGUUAUGUGUACUAGGAGUGAUCUCACCAAGUGUGUCGCAUAGUGUUUGUACAUAGAAGCAAGCAAUGUUAAUGUCUAUAUGGAAUCAAUGCACAUGUCUCUUGGAUAUUA